AUGGCGGCGCGGCUGUGGCGGCUCUGCAACCUCCUCAUGGCCGCUUUCUUCGGGCUGGCGGCCGCCGUGCAGGUGAGGCCGGGGCUCCCCUCCGUCCCCCGCUCCCCUCGGCCGGGCCGGGCUCUCAGUGCGCGCCUCCCGCUGCAGGUGAACGACCCCGACGCGGGGCUGUGGACGGUUGUCUACUUAGUGCCAGCUGCCCUGACACUGCUUGUCAGCAUCAACCCUUCAAUAACAGACAAUGGUGUUUGGAGGAGCCUCUGUGACCUUCAUUCUGCUGGCUGUGUUGUUGGGACCAUUGCCUUGGCUUGCUCUUUGUUUGCUUACGCUCAAGGAAACAUUUUUCAUGAAGAGGAAGGCAGAGAAUUGUUUGGUCUGGUGAUUGUUGCAGUAUGGAUGAGUCUUUGUCGCAGUUCAGCAAAGAGUCCCCUGGGAGGAGUUUGCUUGGUUGCUGCAGUCGUUGUUGCCCUCUUUCCCUUUGUUUCGUGGCUGUACAUUUAUGUUAACAAAGACAUGAGAGAGUCUUGGCCAACACACUGCAAAACUGUGAUUUAACUGCAUGGGAGAAAGUCCACAGUAACCAUGCUGACCUUAUUUGCCUUUGUUUUUGGUGCUUAAUGAAAGGUGAGUGUCAGUUUGAUAGCACCCAAGAAUACCUGGCUGCUUCCAGCAGUGCCAGUUGAGAUUUGGUAAAAUAUUGAGGAUCACUGUCAAAUCUGAGUGAGGAGUUUUUCUAUGGAAACUGUUCACCUUGCUGGUUCUUAGAUUUUCCAAACACCAUUGAGCUAAUGUCUGUUCUGAUGGUAUAUUCAAGAUAUCACUAUCUCCCUGGAUCACUCUCCAGUCACCUUGUAGUUUGGGAAAUCUACUAUUCUGUAACAUAAGGGACAAAUAAAGCAAAUACUGUUUUAAUAAAUGACUAUCUACAGCCAUAGAACUUUCAAAAAUGUGCCUGGACAAUCCAUUUCAGACUUACUGGAAAAUUGAGCAGUCUAUUUCUGUCCUGUGCUAAAAUCAUACGUAGAAUAUGUCUGAAAAAAUAUUUUUGCUAUUAUCUUUAACUGAAAGUCACUGGUUUUACUGAGUAAUAAACAAUAUUUUUGUAAGAAAA